AGAGAAUCUCACAAGAAAUAACAAUAAUAAUAGCCUACUUCUUUCAUCAUCUUAUACUAGAAAAAAAAAACAACUAACACAAAAUCAUCUUCCACUAUGUGAAUUAAAAUCCACCAAAUUUAUUUUUUUUCCUCUCUACCUUUUUUUUUCCUCAUCUAUACAAUUUAUAACAAUAUGAGUAAUACUCUUGAAGAUUCCUUAAAAACUCUCUCUUUAGAUUAUCUAAAUCUCCUCAUCAAUGGUCAAGCUUUUAGUGAUGUUACUUUUAGUGUUGAAGGCCGUUUAGUACAUGCUCAUAGAUGUAUCUUAGCAGCUAGGAGUCUUGUGUUCAGAAAAUUCUUCUGCGGGCCUGAGUCGCCUGGUGGCGGCUCAGACCCUUCCGCGGGCUUUGGAAGCCCGCGGACUAGUACUACCAGUAGUUCACAGGUAGUAAUACCUGUGAACUCAGUAGGAUAUGAGGUGUUUUUGUUGAUGUUGCAAUUUUUGUAUAGUGGACAAGUUUCAAUUGUGCCACAAAAACAUGAACCAAGGCCUAAUUGUGGAGAGAGAAGCUGUUGGCAUACACAUUGCACAUCAGCCGUUGAUCUUGCACUUGAUAUACUCUCAGCCGCUAGAUCUUUUGGAGUUGAACAACUUGCUUUGCUUACUCAGAAGCAAUUGACAAGCAUGGUCGAAAAAACUUCAAUUGAGGAUGUGAUGAAAGUUUUAAUUGCUUCAAGAAAACAAGACAUGCCUCAACUUUGGACUACUUGUUCCCAUUUGGUUGCAAAAUCAGGUCUUCCACCUGAAAUCUUAGCGAAACACCUUCCUAUUGAUGUUGUCGCGAAAAUCGAGGAAAUUCGCCUUAAAACUUCGUUAGCGAGAAGAUCCUUGAUCUCUCACCAUCACCAGCACCAGCACGACCUAAGUUCGGCCUCAGAGCUCGAGGACCAAAAAAUUCGACGAAUGAGACGAGCCCUUGACUCAUCCGACGUUGAAUUAGUCAAACUUAUGGUAAUGGGAGAAGGACUAAAUCUCGAUGAAUCGAUCGCGUUACAUUAUGCGGUCGAGAAUUGUAGCCGGGAGGUUGUGAAAGCAUUACUUGAGCUCGGUGCAGCCAACGUGAACCACCCGGCCGGUCCAGCUGGCAAAACCCCCCUCCACAUUGCAUCUGAAAUGGUGUCACCCGACAUGGUGGCAGUCCUACUAGACCACCACGCGGAUCCAAAUGUUAGAACGAUGGAUGGGAUCACUCCACUCGAUAUUCUACGAACCCUAACUUCCGAUUUCCUAUUCAAAGGUGCUGUCCCGGGGCUCAAUCACAUUGAACCUAACAAAUUAAGACUUUGCCUCGAGCUAGUUCAAUCGGCCGCGAUGGUAAUUUCUCGAGAGGAAGAAAAUACAAACAACGUUCCAUCUUCCACCGCGAUAUUCCAACCUAUAAACAACGAAGAUCAUGGUUCUAGCGCGACCAAUGUGGGAGGUAAUAACCUCAAUCUAGACUCGAGGAUGGUGUAUUUGAAUCUAGGUGCUGGUACUUCGAUUUCACAACAGAUGGGGUGCAACAGAAUGACAAACGAGGAUGAUCAUGAUAAUAGUCACAAUAAACAAAAUAGGCAUAGUGGAUUCGACCCAUCGUCGAUGUAUCGUCCAUAUUCAUGAUGAGUAUUUUCUAUCUUUUGCUUAUCUAUCUAAUU